AUGAAUAAUCAAUAUGAAUUCCUCUCUGAAAUCUUUUAACAAUGGCAUAAAAUAACUCAAAAAUAAAUUUAAUAGAGGUAUUGAUUGACAAUUAUAUCAAGAUAAUCUAUAAUGUCAAUGAUGUAUUCAAAAGACCAAAAUUUAUUGAAAAAUGCAUUUAAAGGAUGGAUGAAGUGUUGGAAUGGUUAGAAAAACUAUAAAUACAAAAGAGACUUAUUCUAUAAAAAACUAUUGAUUUUCAAUUAUAAAUUCCUCCUUAGAAAAUACUUUAAUGGAUUUAUUUAAAAUAGUAAAAGAUUAGUAACAUUGCAUUAUAAAAAAGAAAUGGCAAAUAACUUUAGAUCUUAAUAAAUUUAAAAACUUAAACGCAAAAUCCUAUAAGCUUUUUUAGCAAAUAUCAUUACUAGUUAGAAUAUUAAAUAAAUUCAAUAAAAAAGUCUUCAUUUUUAUUUCAAACUUUGGAAUUCAGAAACUAGAAAAAUUCAAUUAAAAAACAAACUUAAUAAAGAAAAUGGAAAUCUAAAUAAUGUAGAAUAGUGGAUUUAAUAAAAAAGAUAAAAUCGAAUAUAACCUAAGAUUUACUAAGAAACUAUUGAUUAAUAAAACUCUUUCACUUAAUAAUAAAGUAAAAAUUAAACAAAUGAAUAAAAAGUACAAAAAUAGAUAACUCCAAAAAAAGAAAAAAUAAAUGAAGAUUAUAAAUCUUUUGUUCCAGAUUAAAUAAAUUAAACAUAAUCAAUUAAUGAAUUAAAUCAAUAUUUAUAAUUAAAAAUGAUGGAGUAUGAAUAUUAUACAAGUUUACCUGAUAAGAAUGUUAAUGUUAUUAAAUAAAUAAAAUCAGAAAUUAAGUUAACAUUAGAGAAAAUACAAGAAUUCAGAGGAUAAUAAUGA